UAGCCCAUGGGACUAUUCUGGUCUAUAGAGCCGCAACGUUGUCUCCCUCACUUUCUCCUGUCAUCGGCUUUCCUAGUGAGCUAAGCAGACACAGUUUCAUCUCUCUGCAGACUAGCCAUAGUUGUACCAGCUUUAGGUAGUGUUGUCUGAAAUGCAAGACUUGUAGUAAUUUUAGUUUUCCAACAAGCCUGCAACAUCACAAUGCACUCCCUUUGUAAGCAUCUUUCACAAAUUCCUACCAUGAGACCUUCAAUCUUUGUUCUUGUUGCCUGCAAAUCAUUCAGUGUUUCUGAAGUUGAAAGAGUUACCAGCCUUAUUAAUGAUAGCCCGUUUCCCGGCAAACCCUUACACCUCGCCCUUUCGAAAUAUAUCCAACCUGCCGCACUUUCCGCUGAUUUCGUAGAAAAUGUGCUCGGCUCCCUCUUUGCAGCUCACUCCAAUGGCCUUAAAGCCUUGGAGUUUUUCAGAUUUUCUCUUCGUCAUUCUGUUCCGAGUUCGUUUUCGUUUGAAAUGACCCUUCACAUCCUUGUGCGGAUGCGCUAUUUUGAGAAAGCUUGGGAAUUCAUGGGGGAUAUUGGAAAAACGCACCCUUCCUUGCUUACGCUUAAGUCAAUGAGCAUUAUACUGUCUAAAAUUGCUAAGUUUCAGUCGUAUGAAGAUACCCUUGAAGCAUUUGAGAGGUUGGAGAAGAAAGUUUUUGUUGGACACAAAUUUGGUACUGAAGAGUUUAAUGUGCUUCUUCAAGCAUUUUGUACUGAGAGAGAGGUGAAAGAGGCACGAUCUGUGUUCCAAAAGAUGCAUCAUCGGUUUACUCCCAAUAUUAAGACCAUGAAUAUCUUGCUGUUGGGUUUCAAGGAAGCAAGAGAUAUUACUGCUAUGGAACUGUUUUACCAUGAGAUUGUUCGGAGAGGGUUCAAGGCAAAUUCUUCAACGUAUAAUAUCAGGAUCGAUGCUUAUUGUAAGAAAGGUUAUUUUGGUGAUGCUUUGCGGAUUUUUGAAGAAAUGGAACAUGCUAAUUUCCCGCCUUCUCUGAAAACAAUCACUACUUUGAUUCAUGGGUCAGGAAUUGCUCGAAACAUAAAUAAGGCCAGACAGUUGUUUAAUGAAAUCGGCGAGAGAAACUUGCAGCCUGAUACUGGAGCUUAUAAUGCUCUGAUCAGCUCACUGGUUAAGUGUAGAGAUAUCAUUUCAGCCAUGGAGUUUAUGAAUGAGAUGGAAGAGAGGCAUAUUAUGCAUGACAAUGUCACCUAUCACACAGUUUUCUUUGGAUUAAUGAAACAGAACGAUGUGGAGAAAGUUUGUGAUUUUUACAAAAGGAUGAUCAGCAGAAAUUUUGUUCCAAAAACACGAACAGUGGUUAUGUUGAUGAAGUUCUUUUGUGUAAAUAGUCGGCUUGAUUUGGGUAUGGAAUUUUGGAAGUACAUGUUGGAGAAGGGAUAUUGUCCUCAUGGUCAUGCAUUAGAUCUGUUAGUAACAGGACUGUGCUCUCGGGGGAGGCUGCAAGAAGCUUUUGAAUGCUCAAAGCAAUUUGUGGAGAGAGGGAUGCGUAUGAGUGAUUCACUACACCGAAUGUUGGAAAGGUAUUUACAACAAUCUGAUAGCCCAGACAAGUUGAAGGAGCUCAACCAAAUGAUCAAAAAUCUGCAUUCUGUUUUGCCCCCAUCCAAGGGGCAUGCAUUGGCUUAUUCUUUCACCACUGCUAUAAAGUAAUAUUCUCUUCUAACAUUAUUUAGCUCAAUGUUGUAAUGAAGUUUUGUUUUUUAUAUAAAGGCUUAAUUGCGUAUCAGUGUCUUCUAUGCUGUAGCUGAAUUAGUUACCAAACAAAGCCAAUAAAAAAAAUGUAUUGAGGCCAUGACUUAAAAUGCAAUGAACCGGUAUGUUAAUUUUUUCAAUUAAUUGAAGUUGGUAGAAAUAAACAUGACAUAAAUCAAUGCUGAGUUUUUUUUGCAAUGCCUUCUGUUUGGUUACAUAUGAAAAAUGGGAUCCUUGAUAUAGUAUUCAAAGAGAACCUUCUUAUGUAAUGUACUGCAGUUUUUUUGUUAUACCCUGCUAGAGUCUUGGCAAAUACUGAAAGCUCUAUAAUUUUUUUAUCCAACUGUGAAAGUGAAUUAUAUUUGAGGAAUCCGAAAUUGCAUAAAUACAAUAUAGUUAGUACCCAGUAAAAUCUAAUCCUUUUCUAGCAUUGAUUUACUUUUACAUAUAUGGAGCUGAAGACAGCAGAGCACAAAAUUAUGGAUCUGUGAACUUACAGUUGUUAGUCUUCCAGUGCCUCAAUUUUUCGCAUCAUGAGCAUAUGACAAUUUCACAUGGAUACAGCAAGCUAGCAAUUUAUCGUCACCAGACACCAGCUAUGAGUAAUAUGGCUGCUGGAAGGAGUGCGCUGAAUGGUUUGCAGGCUCACUCUCCAUAAUGACUGUUAAAAGCUGCAAUUUCAAAUGAGACUCUAGGAGUGAUAACGGAAAGCAGUGCGGAAAAAUUCAAAUGUAGUGGAUUAAAGAGGUACAUCGAACAUCUCUAUAUAUGUGAUCUAUAUGUGAUCUAUUUAUAAGCUAACUCAGACGUAGACUCCCAAAAUACUCGAAUUCAUCUCAACUAUUAUACCAAGUUAAGUUUGAGCCUGGUCAAAUAGAAGAAUAGUGAGUCCACUUGAGUUCUAAUAUUUUAAUACUUGAAAAUGUGCCUCACAAACUUAAUCUACUAUAAUGCUUUUUAUUUAAUUUCAAAGGGUAGAUAUAUGUGUAUUUGGUUGACGAAUUUUGAAUGAGCUCGAAUUUGAACUUACUCAACUAUAUUCAAGCAUCAAUCAAUUAUGAAUUUUUUUUUAUUGAUGUAAUUAUAAAAAACACUACAAUUAUAAAAAAAAAAUAAGUUUUAACUAAAAUUAUCAGUAAUUAGAAAAUAAAUAAGUGAUAAUGGGGGCAGGGUAAGAAUUUGAAUGGGUAGUUAGAACAUUGGAGAUACUGAUUUUACUAAAUCAUUUGCUAUAGUUUCCUUGUUGGAGUGAUAGAAACCCUAAGUGGAUUCUUCAUGACCAUAGUGAAUUCUUGAGUCUCAGACAGAUCGACCUGAUAUCCAUUCCCUUCCUUCCAUUCAAAAUCUCUCACCAAAUUUGCUACAAAAUAUUGAAGAUGAAGCGUUGCAAUAGAAAUCGCAGGACAAACUCUUCUUCCUGCACCAAAUGGCAUCAUCUUGAUCUCUCUAAUGCCUUUUACAUCAAACGCUACUCCCUCAUUCAUAAACCUUUCGGGUUUAAACUCCAUUGGAUCUUCCCACACUUUCGGAUCCCACGCCAUUUCCGCUACUGUAAAAUUCACUAUAGCGUCCUUUGGUAUGUCGUAGCCAUCAAAUUUGGUGUCUUUUGUCACUGCUCUUGGCAAUAUGAAGUGCCCAGGAGGAUGUCGUCGGAGUGUUUCUAAAAUUACUGCCUUCAAAUACGCCAUUUUCUUAACCUCUUCUUCUUCUAUUUCCUUAUAGCUAUCUGCUUCUGUCGUGUUUUUAAUUUCUUGCAAUAGUUUAUCUUGUAUUUCUUGUUUCUUCACUAAAUUAGCCAUUACCCAUUGUAAUGUAGUGGUUGAAGUAUCUGUUCCCCCAUUGAUGAAUUCCGAACAUAAGCUCACCAAUUCUCCAUCUGAUAACUCUCUUGUUAUUUUACCAUCUGGAACCCGAAGAUCGAACAGUGAAUCGACAUAGAAUAUGUUAUUAUUCACACCAUACUUGUGUUUUUCUCUUCUCGCUUUGAUAAGCGGGAGGAGAACUAUUUCUUGCUUUCGACGAAUUUCUAAAACCUCUUUCCAUAGUUUUCGAAACACAAUCUUUCCUAAGUUGGGGAUGAAAUUUAGGACAUUGAAUCUAAUAAAAUUGGUGAUGGAAGCACGUAGCGCAACCUCAAUCUCUCUAAUCACAUGCUCUUCCGGUUGCUCACCAAAACAUAUGUACACUAACAAGCAAAACAUGGCAAACUGAAAAUGCUCGACAACAACAAUAUCUUUGUUGUCUGCUUGUGCUGCUGCAAUAAGUUUUGUCUUGAGUACACCGAGUGCCCAUUUGCGGCCGUCGGAGUAUAAAUGCAAACGGGAAGGAUGAAGAAGAGACAUGAAAUUUUUACGAAGCAAGUGCCAGAGAGAGCCAUAAGGAGCAGUACUGAGAGUAUGUUGCUUGCUGAAGAAGACACUAGAGGAGGUAAGAGCAGAAGGGCGGUUAGCAAAGAGCGAACCAGUCUGUACAAGGGCUCGAUGUGCUGCUUCAUGAGUGGUUAUAAAAAUGGAAGGUCGAGAACCCAGGUGAAGGGUCACGAUAGGACCGUAUUUGGCGCGCAAUUGACGAAGAACCGGCUCCAUUGAAGAAAAGUUGUUGGAGGAUUUGAGCAUCCACAAGAAAUUUCCUAAAACGGGAACGGUGGGAGGUCCUGGUGGUAGGUUUCUGGUAUGGAAAAAGAGACGAACAAACCUUCCGAGUAAAGCCGACAUACAAAGAAAGGUAAUGACUAUAAGCCAUGGCUCCAUUUCUGAAUAAAAUUUACAAUUUUGUUUCUGUAAUGAAAAAGGAAAAGCUUUGCAAUAUAAAUACUACAAAAAAGAUCUCUAUAAAUGCGUAAUUUGUUUGUAACA